AUGUCAAGCGAAUCUUUUCUCAGGUACAGGUCUGUGUCAGACCCAGAAUCUUCUGACACAGAGUCUGGGUAUACAUCAACAGAUACCAACGACAGCACCGAGACCGUAAUGCCCUUCAGACCCAGCCCAUGUGUUGCCGAGACAGCGCCGCAUAAAAGGACAGAGGAGUUUUUCAACAUCGCACCUCAAUUCCGUGAAUUUUGUGUUCCUCGCCCUGGUGCCACUAGCCGAUCUCUAAAACGUGUCAGUGAAUCAUACGGCAAAUGGGAAAAGUAUCUUCCUGAAAAUUCCCCAUAUACUCACGCUGUCAGUCCCUAUUUUUCAAAUGACAGAGUUGGAAACAACAUCGUGCAAUGCUUUCCCUCGUGGACGAACGGAGCGUACGUUUUGCAAUGGGCAUCGCCUGUCGAACUUGAAUUCCUCGGAUUUCAGAAAGACGGCUCUUAUGCGUCCUCAACUUUCGCUAGUAAGGAUGAACAUUGUUUAGAGAGAGCUUGUUCGAGCACUAUAUCCGACGAAGACGCACUGUGUAUUCUUAUGAUGCGUCUGGGUGCGAUAUACCUGCCGUGGUAUGACCGUGAAAACGGUGGAAUGGAAAACACAACAAGAUACGUGAGCGUAUCUUCUCUUUUAUCACUCAGCCCAUGUCGACGGAUGAUUGGAUGGCCUUAUGGUGCCGGAGAAGUGGGUUCCCACGCGUGGGUGCUAGACUUGGUGCCGAUGGCCAGUGUCGGACUUGGUUGCUCGGCGAUUCCAAUUGAUGAUAGGUUCUGGAAAAUUCAGAAUGCUACGACCAUGGAAGAACGAUGUGAGGAAAUUAGGAGGUUGGGUGGAAAGUUGAUAAGUGACGUAUAA